AGUUUUGUUUUCAUUUCUUAUCGUUGUAGUUGUCAAUUUUGUUGUUGUUGUUUUCGUAUUAACAAACAUUUGUGAUUUCAGUCAAAAGACAACGAGAAUAUUAACAAAAACUUAAUAAUAUGAUCAGUUCGUAAAUAAGAAUUGAUGAGAGUGGUAGUGAGUAGUUGCUGGUCAGUUAGUAAAUUGUGGCAGUGAAAAAUCAAAUCGAAUAUUAAAGCGUAGUAUAUUAACAAAAAAUUUAAUAAGAAUAUAUGACAUACAAACAUGAACUAAACAAAUUUUGUAAUUAUCUGUAACUGCCUGAUCUAAAACUCAUAAUGUACCUUUCAGUGUAAAAUUAAAAAAAAAAAAUCCCCAUAUUGGUGUGCGAAUAAUAAAUAAUUAAAACAAAUAAUUACAAAGCAAAAAAUCUUUAAUUCUUAAAUUCAAAAGAAAUUUUAAAAAGAAAUUAAAAUGCUGAAAUUUUACUUAAGUUCUUUGUCGUUUUUAUUACUCAUCUUUUGUUUUAAUACGCAACAUCUACGAAUUCCACCCGUGGCGUGUCCUAAUUAUUUUCAAUAUUUCAUUGAAAAUUCUCAAUACAUUGGAAAGAUUUCGAUACCAACUAUAUCGAAUACAAUUGAAUUGUUAGUGUACUUCAGUCAGAAGCAACCAUUGCAAACGAAUUACUAUGGCCGAAUAUCGUUAGAAAGUAGAGAUCCCAUUGUAUAUCGUGUGGAAUUUCCCUCUCCAAUCGAAGUUCCCAAGUUGACCAAAAUAACGGUCAAUGGUCAAGAUAUUUGUGUUUCUAAUGAAUAUUCUGCCCCUAGCACACGACUUUAUUUAAACCAUAAACUACAAAUAACAACACAAGCCUUAAACAGUAACUCACCUCAACAGUUUCCCCUCAAUCCACAAACUUUGCAACAAUUUCCUACAAGCGGAGUACAAAUACAACCCACACGUGAAGUGGCACAGUUCAGCGAUACACCAACACAAAUAUUUAACAAUAAAUUUACACCUGAAACUAAUAAUAAUAAUAAUGUGAUUCAACCCAUUAGACAAAAUGCUCAAUGUGGCCUUGGCAAUACGGUAACGGCUUUUGUGUUUGGAGGUGAAGAAGUAAUGCGUGGAGAAUUUCCUUGGUUGACUGCUAUUUACGUUAAAUCUGCCGGUUUACGUUUUUUAUGUGGUGGCUCUUUGAUUUCCUCGAGGACAGUGGUUUCGGCAGGACAUUGUUUUAAAAUUGGCAGUAUAGCUGCUAAUCGCUUGGUAAUUAAUUUAGGCAGACAUAAUCUAGAGGAUUUCAGUGAGCAAGGUUUUGUCACCAGAGAAAUAGAAAAUCUCAUAGUACAUCCUGAAUACAAUUCAAAUCUAUUUCCGGAUGCUGAUUUGGCAAUACUACAUCUUAAGCAGCCUGUGCAAUUUACAAAUAAUAUACGUCCCAUUUGCCUAUGGACGGACAAUAUAGACACACGUUAUAUAGAGGGUCAGGCUGGUGUAGUGGCUGGUUGGGGAGCUGAUGAGCAGGGUCGCACUUUUACUCCUGUGCCGAAAAAAGUCGAUACAAAAAUUGUUAGUGAUGCCGAGUGUUUGCGUUCCUCUCCUGCCUACAAUAUGUUGACAUCACCACGUACUUUCUGUGCUGGCAACCGUGAUGAUACCGGACCCUGUAUGGGAGACUCGGGCAGUGGUCUUAUGAUCAGCCGUAAUGGACGCUGGUAUUUGAGGGGCAUAGUCUCCGCAGGCCAAACAAAAGAUCGUAAAUGCAAUUUGCAAGAAUUUGUAGUUUUCUGUGAUGUAGCCAAACAUAUGCAAUGGAUACAAAGUAAUUUAGUUUCGUAAUUUAUUAUUUUUAAAUAGUUCUAUUUAAAUUAUAGUUUCAUUAAUUUUACUAUUGCCCAGUAGAUAUGCCAUAGUUUUAAAAUUAUUAGAUAAUCCCAAAAAUAUGCUACGAAAAGUUUUUUUGUAGUAAAUAUGUAACUGUAAAAUACAAGAAUUUUCCUACGAAAAUAGUACUUAAAUCUUAUGUAUUUACAAUUUACCUUAAGGUAUGUAAGUAUUUAUUGAAUAUAAAUGGCUUUGAGUCCUUUAAAAU